GUCUUUUCCUGUUUUCGGUAUUGCUAUAACAGUAGCGUCAGUCCAUUGUGACGGGUAACUUUUGAAGCAGUUUGUAAGGGAUCUGGUCAUUUCCUGGAGCAGAGUUUUUAGCUGUGGAUAAAGCAUGGUCCAGUUCAUGUAAGGUAUAAGUUCAAGCUUAACGGAAUUAUCGAAAAAGAACAGCAUUUUUAACAUCAUAGCACACGCACCUUGUUCCUGCAAUCCAGACUUAUUCUAUAGAUAUUUACCUUUCAAAAGAACUACAGAAAACAACUUUGGAGAAAUAAAGAAAAUAAGCAUCGAUCGAAUUUUACAUCACAAUCGUUCACAUAAUUGGAAAUACAGCAGAAAAUUAAAGAAUUUCAACGGAUGGCCUUUGAAAGUAUCCGUGUUUGCAAGAACGCCUACCUUAAUGGCAGAGCCAGUUGAACUGUUUAAUUCCCCUUCACAAUGGGACCAAUGUAACCUUAAAUGUGGUGUCGAUGCAAACGUACUGAUAAAUUUAUCUAAAUAUCUCAAUUUCACGAUAGUCGUUGAUGAUGAUCCAGUCGUUUAUUACGGCACGUUCUACAAAAACGGUUUCGUAACAGGAGCUUUAGGAAAAGUGUUGAGGAAAGAAGUGGAUUUCGCCGCCAACAGUCGCUUUAUAGACGUUUUGAAACGAAUAGAGUACUCCAUACCGAUAGACAUGGAAAAAAUGUGCAUAGUGAUACCAAAAGCUUUAAAAAAACCUUCUUGGACGGCUAUAUUUAAUUGCUUCAACAUAUUUGUCUGGCUAUUAAUCUUGAUCAUCGAAGUACUGAGCCUCGUGUUUUGGCAGAUGCUUCAAAAAGCAAGAUAUUCGUGGAUGGUUAUUUACGGCAUAUCUAUCACAGUAACAACGGCAAUUCCCAAAAAUUCCAGAUUCAAAUACUUAUUGGUCGCUUUUAUGAUGUAUUCUCUCGUUAUUUCAACCAUAUUUCAAGGUAACCUGGUUAAAUCGUACGGCAGGGUGCAAUAUUACCCCGAUAUGACAGUGACCGACUUCCUUAAUAGCAAAAUAAAAAUUUACACAUCUUACAUACACAUAUUCGAUGAUAUAGAAAAUGAUGAAUUCAAGAUACUGAAGACAAAGAUAGUCGACAACAGCAAGAGUAAUAUUUCAAAUAUGUAUCAAAUAGAACGCGAUAACAAUCGUGCUGCUUUAGUUAGAAAAACUGAUGCUAAAUUUAUGAUAAACUCACAUUUUUUAGAUUCUUCAGGUAAUCCCAAACUACACGUUAUUCCACAUUGUCCAAGAAGUUUUUUCCUCGCUUAUACUUUUCCAGAAGAGUCUCCAUAUCUAUGGGAAUUCAAUAGAGUCUUGAUCAGAUUAGUGGAAGGAGGAUUAAUCUCCAAAUGGAAGGAUUUCAGCAGUUAUUCAAUGGAUAGACAAAAUAGUUCAUGGCAAUAUGAAAAUCCAGCUAGAUCGCUACCUUUACUUGACCUUAUCUACGCAUUUUACAUCCUCACUGGUGGUAGCAUUGUAGCAAUUGCAAUUUUUAUUUUGGAGGUUUACAUCUUUCGAGAAAAUAGAUUGGACAUUUUGCAAAAUUAGGUGUAAGAUAUUACAAAUUUACAAGUACAGCUUGAAAGUAAUAUCUCUCUUGUUAAAUUAUUAUAAUGCUAAUAGUAUUUAUUGGCAUUUACAAGGCAAGUUUUGUUUGUAUAAGCUAUACUACAAUAUAAACAUACAUGAUAAGUGGUAGAGAAGAAAACACUUUGAAAAUUUGUUUUUCAAUUCACACAUAACUGUCAUAGAAAAUAUUCUUUUAAAUAAAUAAGUAGUAGGUAUGAUGUAGAAAGAAUAAAGCUUAAAAUCAAUAGGUACCACAAAAUGUUUAUUAAAUUUAAAUAGUACUAUAAACGGAAAUGCGUGUGGAAAGAUGGCAUUAUUCACACGCUCGUUAAAAACAAAAUUUUAUGGCACAGAAAUAUCACUUUAAUAGGGUAAAUGGACCAGUUUACCGGCCACAUCCAGUAUUCGGCCACUUUCGUUAUUGUUUAUGCAAUAUCAGUAUACAGGCCAUGGCUAAAGUGAAUUUUAGCGGCUUCGUCAAAUUUAACAAAAAUUACAGCAUUUUAAAAUUUGCUUUGACAAUAAUCGUCUGAAUAAUGGCGGAUUAAUCAACAAAUUAAAAUAGAAUACAAGAACUUCAAGAUUAAUGCUAAAGAAAAAACGCAUAAUAAGAGAAAAAACAGGUUGUUUAAACAAAGGAUAAUUAAAGAAAAACAGGAAAUGGAUAACAAAAAAACAAAACAAACUUGAGAUGUACUAACUUUAGGCUCUUAUUUUUAAUCGUUUUUAUUGAAAUUUGGGUAAAUCAUGAGAAUUUAGAUAUAGUCUUUAAUAAAUGUGUAAAUGUACUGUCCAUUUAUGGUUUGAAACUGUCCAUCUAAAUUUCAGUUCAUGGUAGGUGAUCUCGAGCAUCUUUGCCCCAAACUUCGAUCUAUCUUUAUCUUUGUUGGUUAUACAUAAGUAGAGUUAGAUUUACCCCAAAACACCAUGGCCUCUUAGGCCUAUUGCAUUCUGUUUUCUGUUUUCCCUGUGUUUAGGUACUAUAUUUAAAUAGUCCUUUUCUUUGGUAAAUUUUAUUAGAUCCCUAUAGGUCUUGCGAGAACUCAACAACAAUGUGCGAGGUUGAUGUCCUUAGCACGAGCUUACUGAUUCGGUGUCCUCUUAUCUGUUCUUCUUUGAUCUAUAAACGUCUUGGCCAAAC